UCUUCCGUCUCUGUGCAGCAGCUAAUAUAAUCCGCGGUUGGAUGUUCGACCAGCUUUGGUUCAGUGUAAGCCGGGUUCGUCGAAACAUGAAUCGCUGGUCGGAAGAACAUCUGAAAUCCUGCUGAUGAUGAGUGGGGCCUGCAGAGAGACUUCAGAGGACAUGGAUCGUCACAUUGUACAGGCUGUACGUGACAAGGACACAAUGUCUUCUGCUUCGGUGGGAAUGUCAGAUUUAUCGGAUGAGAUCCUGCUGUGCAUCCUCCGCCACGUUCCAGUCUGUGACCUGGUGAAGAAUGUGGCAAAUGUCUGCAACAAGUUGCACACACUGUGCCAUGAUAAGACCCUGCUCUCAAAUGUCAGCCUGUCUGAGGAGUAUCAGGCUGACAGUCUUUUGGUCCGACACAUACUGAAGCAUCUAGCCAAUCACGUGCAGUCGCUCAGCCUGAAUGGUUGUUACUGGCUGGCCGGCUCGACUGUCGAGCUUCUUGCUCGCUGCAGAGGAGUGACGCACCUCGAUGUCACCGGCUGUCGACUCUCUUCCCUUCGUCUCUCCCGUCUCCUCUCCUCCCUCUCUCUACUCAAGUCACUUGCUUUUGAUGUGACGGCAGGCUUCAACUUGGCUCUGCUCAGUUCAGAGGCGGUGGAUUCACUGAGCCGCCUGUCAGAGCUCAGACAGACACUGUUGUCACCAAGUUAUGGUGUGGUGCCAUGCUGCGCCCAACUCCGCAAGCUAAUGCUGCAGUUUGACAUCCCAGAUGUGACCAGAGAGGGUGUUGGUGUUUGCUGUCAGUUAAUGGUGGGUCAGAGCAGUGUGCCACAUUACCAACAGCUGGAGGAGUUCACUGCCAGGUUGGCUCCAGGAGAAGUAAACCAGACCCUGCUCCUGCUCUACCUGGCAGUGUUCAGUGUUCAUGUUCCAAAGCAUCUCAGAGUUUUCCUUGUCUCUAUUCCUGGCCCAAACCCUGUUCACUGGCCUGCUGCGUCGUCGCUGGCCCAGAGUUUGGGUCAACAUGGUGACCUGGAGGCCCUGCAGCUCCCUCGGUCCUGGCUGGAUUCCUUGUCCUUAAAGCGAGCCCUGCAAGGAAACAGUCCAAAGCAUCUCAGCUUCAGCCGCUGCCCAGUGUUGUGGCCACAGGUGUUUCAGUCAUUGCUGGAGGGAGGAGUCAAAGAUGCAUCACAGCUGAUCAGCCUGAACCUCAGCGGGAUCAACCAGGUCCUUUACUCAGAGUGUAGGAGUGUGGAAGAUCAUUUGGACCCAUGGACAAUGAGCCGAUUGGCGGUUGGCUGUUCCAACGUUAAACACCUGAACUUGAUGCACACGCACUAUCAUCAUGAAAACUCACCUGGGCGAGGAGGAGAAACACAUCUGUGUGCCAGCUUGGCCAAAUUCAGACAGCUGCGCUCUCUCACCUUGCCUGGCUGCGCUCUGUCAGAUGGCUUAAACUCACAUCAGAUCUCCACAAACAACACUCCUCCCUCUGCAUUGCUCCUGGGGUUAAAGAAGACCCCACGUGUGGGGCUCCAGAACUACAAGCCUGAUUCAGAGUCUUCUCCAUCAGGGGACAGCACCUUAGGGCUCACUCAGCUCUUAGCUGGCUGCCCUCUUUUAGAGACCUUAGAGCUCAUUGGUCCAGGCUUUGUCUCUGUGCUGCCUCGGCUUGAGCCUUGUAGUCGUGCCAGUGUGGAGCCUCGUGGUAUGUGUGCAUGGGCGCGAGGAGUCUGCGACGCACACUUGGCGGCAUUUGAGGCAUUGCCUCGAUUACGUAGCCUGACUCUGGCUGGUCUUCCAGGAGUCCUUAGGGGAACAGGGCUGGUACAGCUGGCCAGGCAGUGCAGAGACCUACAGACAUUAUCCCUGGCCAACAUGGGAUCACUAAAAACCAUGAACUACACCCCUGCCCUGCUGGAUACGUUUACACAGUGCACACAGCUACAGGAACUCAGGUUAGAGCAGCCCUACCUGAACGCCAACGCCUCCUUCUUCGAGGCCUUGUCCUGUUGCUCUCGCCUGCAACGUCUCUGCCUUAUCUCACGCAGCGGUACCUUUGACCCGUCGGCAACAGAAAGCUUCAUGGAGCGAUGCUGCCAUGUCAACAUGUGCCACAUGUUCAUGGGCGGCACCUUAGUGGCUUGUCGCACACUGCAGAAAUCUUUGCUGGACAGAUUUUCAGCUGAGCGCCCAGCCCUGAGUGUGGUCAUCUAUCCACUACAGCAUGAAGACCUGCCCUCAGUCAUCAGAGACAUCCCACUAAGUCUACUGGAUCGGAUAACUUUGUUCCAGAGCCACGUGGCCCAACCACCACAUUUAUCGCCAUUGUGACGUCACCAGAAAGCUUCAUUGUGAUUGGUGCUCUUUAUCUGCAGGAAAUAAAAUUCACAAAUGAUAGACUGAUUUCAUCUGCACAGUGGUUUCUGAUUGUACGAUUUGUUACAUCAACAACUGCAUCAGGCUGCUCUUCAACAACAAAUCAACCGUGACUGUUUACAUGUAGGUGACAUAGUAAUGAUGGUCUUCAAAGGGAAUUUUAGUUUAUUGGUUUGGGACAUUUCAAAUUCUGUGUCAUUGGGACCUCAUUUGUGGCUUCUGGUGAACAAAUCCUUUCGGUUACAUCACUCUGUUACAUUACAAAUAAGUGCCAAAAUAUAAAUCAAGGAUGUAUUUGUUCAUGAGCUUUGUACAGAGGACCUGAAUUAAAGGAUGUUUUAAUAAACUUCAUAUACAUUAUUUUUAAA